AUGUCUAGAGGAGGGGACAUGGUUUAUAUCCCAGAUGACUCUGACUUCAGCUCCUUCAGGGAUCAGUGCGAGAGCCUGGAGGGUUGGCACUGUCGGUAUAACAAGGCUGGCGUGACCGUGUGGAGUCAGAGCCAGGAGGAAAGCUGCACCGUGCAGAAAAUCAAGACUCGCAUCUCCUGCAAGGACGUGCCUGCUGAGACGCUCUAUGACAUGCUGCAUGACACCCACUACCGCAAGAAAUGGGACUCGAACAUGAUCGAGACCUACGACAUCGGGCGCCUGACCGUUAAUGCUGAUGUGGGAUACUACUCCUGGAAAUGCCCAAGCCCCCUGAAGAACCGGGAUUUCGUCACCCUGCGCUCCUGGCUGCCCCUGGGCAAUGACUACAUGAUCAUCAACUACAGCGUCAAGCACCCGAAAUACCCACCCCGGAAGGAUUUUGUGAGGGCCGUGUCCCUGCAGACAGGUUACCUGAUCAAGGCAAAUGGUGCUGGUGCCUGCAUCCUCUAUUAUCUCACCCAGGUGGACCCUCGCGGGUCGCUGCCAAAGUGGGUGGUGAACCGCGUCUCCCAGUUUGUGGCACCAAAGGCAAUGAAGAAGAUCUACAAGGCUGGGCUGAAGUACCCAGAGUGGAAACGCAAGCACGACCCUGGAUACAAGCCCUGGGUGUACCCAGAGCAGAACACGCUGCCCAGUGUCAGCCUUGCCGAGCUCUCGGUGCAGCACGCUGACUCACUGGAGAACAUCGACGAGACGGGGCUGUCUGAGGACCACCUGAGCACCAGUGACCAUGAGGCCUGA